ACAAAAGCAGCGGAUGUAGCAGGGGCUGAGGCAGGGCCCUGCUGAUGAGAGCCUCUUAGUGUGGGCAAGGCUCACGCGGCCACAGAAAGCCCACAGGACAGGUCCCAGCUGCACUGCAAGUCUCUGUCCCACCAUCCCCAACCCAGAACAAAGCAGACACCUGAAGCCGACGCUGCUCCCCAAAAGCAGCACCCCAAAAGAUGCUGGGGCAGCCACCAUGGGCAAGGCUGUCUCCUUCUGGCACUGCCGUCCUGCUGCUGGUGAUCUGUGCUGGAGUGACCAACCAAGACAUCUGCAGCUCUCCAGGGUUGCAGGAGCAUGGAGGUAACUACCAGGCUCCAGUCCUGUACCUCAACACUUCCAGUGCCCAGGAGGGGGAAAUAGUUUUCUUUCAAUGUACCAUUGAUGCUCAUUUUCCUGCUACACGAGUUGUCUUCUGCAAGAACGGGCAGGAGGAGCACAGCCUGAAAGCCCAGCAUGGCAGGGUCAUCUACCCUUUAGUAGUGAACAUCACCUCAAGAAGUGCUGGGACAUACACGUGUGGGUACCAGCAGAGGAGUGACAGCAACUGGGUGAGGAGCUCUGCUCUAAGUGCUCCCUGGACGCUGUCUGUGCCAGGUGAGACACAGCCCCAGGGUGGUGGGGACAGAAGGGACAGAGACACCACAGAGGCUGGAGCUGUGUGCUGCAGUAGGCAGGGCAUGUCUCUGGGGUGGUUCCCCCACGGGAGUGUUCCCUCUCCUCCAAGGGAGCCCCUCGGGGGAAAGCUGCUCUCAAGGGUCCACCUCUGCUGCAGACUUGGGGAUGUGCUGGGUGGAGGCACAGAGUGCAAGGACCCUAGGUUGAGAUAUGGUUGCUCCAAGGACUGCCCUUUACAUUGAUGAGCCUGUGGCCAGGGAAAUCAUAUUAUUGUCAUGAGAUGGGCUACAGCAUAUAUGUGAGUAAAAGUAAGUUCUGGUAAACAGAGGGGAGACCACAGUGGUGCUGAUUUUAGAAACCAGGGUGGGCAGGUGCCAGCUCAGCAAGGACAAACAGUGGGGACAUGGGCAUGGUUGAGGUGGUGCGCAAGGUCUUUUCCCUACUAAGAAAAACGCGCUUUCCACCAAGGUACAACUACU